CUAAUCAAACUUUGGAACAACCCCUAAAAAGCAUUCAAUAAAAUUGAAAUUAUUUAUACAAUAGAAAACAAUGGCCGCCGACACACUAAAUAUUGGUGAGCUGAUAAAAGAGAAACUGGCAGAAUCCUUCGAAGGGCCGGACGUAAUGUCCACGCUGCAGAAUCUGCUGGCAAACUCUGGUCACCAAACUGGGGAGCUUAAAGAUAAGCUUACCGGUAUAAUGGAUCAUUACAACACUCUGUCCGAUGGAGACAAGCUAGUGUUCGGGAAAUUUGUCAAGGAGUUGCUAACAAAUAAAUUGGCGAAACAUUUAAAAGAUAAUCCGCCGGACCUGAGCGAAGUGGAAGAAGCCUUAACUGGGGCAGUUCGGCAACAAUUGAUAUAUGCUGCUAUAAUCGGCGUGGCUUUCCUCAUUCUUAUUGAUCAUGGACAAGUCAGGGGUGGAUUACGGAGCGCUCAAAGAAACCCUUAAAAAUGUUGAUAUAGUAUCAAUGCUCAAAGCGAUAGUGUCAACAUCUCCUGAAGACGCUGAGUCGGAAGAUAUCCGGGGGAAGAUAGAAGGAGUAAUAAAGAGAUAUAACGAAAUGACAGACAGGGAGAAGGAGAUGUUCAUGGAGCAGUUGAGAGAUGCAUUAGCGACAAAACUGGCGUUGAAUAUGAGGGAGGCUGCGGGGGAUGAAGGGUUUCCACUAACAUAUGUUAUUGCUGCAUUGUUACUCGGUGUCAUAUUCGUGUUCUUCGGUUAUAAGCUGUACAAAUCGAUAAAGGAGAAAGACUUGAAAAGAGAAGAGAAGAGAAAAGCGAAGCUAAUGAAGAAGAAGAAAUGAUCGAGAAUGUAUCAACUGGUUCAUGUUAUAUACGAAUUAUCGAGCGUUAUCCAUAUUUAUAUAUUUAUUAUUGUACAAAUAUUAAAUAUUGUAAAGAUUUAGAUAUUGUGGGCGCCUUCACUGUCUGAUUUUAAAUUAAAUAAUUUUAAAAUCUGUAAGAUCGAGUUUUGCUUAAGGCGACACUAAAUGCCGGCGUCCUUGAGCGAUAUGAUUUCACGGCUCCUAUGUAACAAAGCCAAUAUUUUCAAAAUUCUUGCGUCGAAAAUUUAACAUUUUAACAGGCGCAAACAGUUUGAUUGCUUACAAUCCUCAUUAUUGAUUACUAAUCUUAAUAAAUGUACCAACACAAAAAAGUAAAAGCUAUAAGAACAACUUUUAUGACAGCAGUAUACUAAACAACAAUGCAUCAUGCCGAGAAAAAACUUGUUUAACUGCAAAGAAAACUGGUAAUUCAUAAUAGCAUUGGAGUGUUAAGUUUAACUAACAGCAAGCAUUAGCAACCUACAAGUAAGACUUAAGGGUAUGUGUAACAGGAUAAAGUAGUGUUCAUAGCUCCAAAUGCUAUAUUUUCAUCACAAAACUUGUCUAAAAACACCUUGUUUGCGUGUUUUCUGCUUACUCUUCGCCUUAAUGUAAUUGCUUUAUUGGAUUGAUGCCAUCUAUUGGAUUCAAUACAUACUUUAUAGAUUUCAAAUCCGAGGUUUACAUCAAAUAGCAACAAUACAAGUUGUAAAGAAAUGAUUAGAAAUUUAUAAUCGCUAAGGGGACGAAUAGGUAUCUCUAAGCAUUCCAUAAUUCAUAAUUUCAACUGUGGGCAACUUCUAAAUUGAACGAAUAUGAUUCGCUAUUUUUGUGGGAUAUAUUUUUAACAUUAUUUUUGUCAUAAAUAUUUUAGUAACGGUAACUGAUAAGCCAGUCUUUUUUGUAAUUUUGAAACAACGGUGUAUAAAGAUAUAUUAUUUACAAUGCCUUUCAACUGUGUUUCAAUCAAUAUAGUUUGAUACAAAUGGAUUGUGCUUUUUCCUAGAAUACUGCGAUACUGCGUUGUAGAUAUUAUUAAUAUUAUGUGUAAGAACAAUUAGCCAACUUGCCCACGAGUGAGGUCGCGCUAAAUGGUUAUAGCUAUACGCCUUGUGAAACAUUUCACUGAAUAUAAUGUAAAAAAGGCUAUAAAACCAAAGAUAAAGCCUACUAGAGCUUUUAGCGCCCUCGUCCAUGCAAUGCUGAGAUUUAUUGAGCGUACUUACCAGUGGGAGGCUCCUUUGCACAGGAUACCGGAUGAUAGGUGCCACAACGGUGCCUACCGUGAAGCAGUAAUGUGUUAACAUUACUGUCUUUAUUUCAGAAGGGCGCCGUAGCUAGUGAAAUUACUGGGCAAACUAGACUUAACAUAUUAUGUUGCAAGGAGACGAGCACAAUUGUAGUGCCACUCAGAAUUUUUGGAUGUUUCAAGAAUCCUGAGCGGCACUGCAUUGUAAUGGGCAGGGCGCAUCAAUUUCCAUCAGCUGAAAGUCCUACUCGCCUUGUCCCUAAUGGUCAUAAAAAAAUACUUUGAUCAGACUUUUCUUACCUACAUAAAACUUAGCUGAGUGUGAUAAGGCUAACUUGACUUUUCAAUUACUUGCAUACAUUUAUUUACAUGCCUUACUCAGUACAAUAUCAGCUGUCAAAUAACUAAAAAAACCAAACCAAAGAUAAUAUGCCAAGCUUUCACUCUGCUCUGUCUUACGUAAGUAAAGUCUGAGCAAAGUAUAAGUACGCUGUAUAUAUCUCAGCUCUCAGGCUGAGGUUAUUGGGUGCAAUACUGAGAUAAAUUUCGAUAAUACGCCUAUACAAUGAACCGUAGAUAAAAUAAUUUUUGAUUGUUAUGAAUUCUGUUUUUAUACAAAUCGUUUAUUGCAUUAAUUUAUUGAACUGUAAAUAAAAUUUUAUGUGUUAUGUGUUGUGAGAAUUAAAGCAUUUAAUUAAUUA